AUGUGGUCUCAUCUCUUAAUCUCGGUGUUUCUCUACACCGUUCAUGCGUCGUCUGUCGAUGCAACAACGGAGCCUUGUGCUCAAGUGAGUGCUAUGGUUGUGCCAAUGCGAGCAGCAGACCCAGGAGUCACCCCGAUCAUUCCUGGUGAACUGGCCUUCAAUUGUCUGCAGUCUGUCCCAUUGCAUUCAGAAGAAGCUCUCGCUGUGUCUGGAGCUCUGCUGCCAUAUGUCGAAUUUCAAUCUGAUCUUUCCUUCAAGAAGGCUCCUCCUAGUGGCUUUCCUUACUCAGCUGUGGAUCUCGUGGGAUCUGUGACUAGGAUAGUCAACAAUCUAAAGAAUAAUUCUUAUCCAAACGAGUAUGCGUGGCAAAUGGAUAUGUUCAAGACAUUCAUGUCUGCAAAAGACGGCCAUUUCCGGUUUGCUGGAGAUCUCAUCUCACGACCCAUUCGUUUUACACGGAAUGUGUCCUUGGUGUCAGUGAGCAUGGACGGGACUUCCUUGCCCCAGAUCUACGUAACCGACGAGAUCCUAAGAAUGACUGCGAACUCUUCCAAACCAUCUGCGAUUACCACUAUCAACGGUCAGGAUGCUGUCACUUUUAUGCAAACCGAAGCCGAUAAAGGGUUUCAGCAAGAUCCCGAUGCUGCUUUCAAUACUGUCAUGUACAACCCUGCUCUGGACUUCACACCUGGGCUCACAGUCCAAGGAUUUUUUGCUGGAGAUGGUAGAUACGGGUUCUUCUAUCCAGGUCCAAACACGACUCUGAAUUUCUCCAAUGGAUCAACAUCCGUCUUCCAGACAAUGGCCCGCGUACCUGGAAACUUCUCCGGUGUGACGGAUGGAGAAUCCGCCUUUCAGAAAUUUUGCACAAACCCAACAGCAGUCCAAGUCGCAGCACCUGCCCCUCCACCGUUCGAACCUGGAGAUCCUGUAAAUAAUACUGCCAGACUCAAAGGAUAUCCAAUCGCUCAAGUCAGCUCAUCAGAUGGACAGAUCUCUGGAUAUUAUCUCACAUCUGCGGGCCACAACGAUGUCGGGGUCAUUUCCAUGAAUAGCUUCGAGCCAAAUACCCCAGCAGAAUUUCAAGCAGUCAUCCAGACAAUGUUGGCAGAGAUGAAACGAGAUGGGAAGACGAAGCUUGUUGUGGAUCUGAAGGGCAACGGAGGUGGCAUUAUCAUAAAUGGCUAUGAUGCAUAUCGUCAACUCUUUCCCCAAACUCAGGAUGUCUUGUUCGCACGACAAAGAAUUGGACCAGUCUACUCGACUCUUGCUCAGCUUACGAGCAACAAAUUCAGCAACUUUUCUGUGGCAACAUCUCCUACCCCUAGCAUUCGGCGGAUGUGCGGCGUAAAUCCAAAUCUCCUAGGCGAAAUGACCCUGGAUCAGGGGGGCAAGCACGGACCAGUCCACCAUAAAUCCUGCACCAUAAAUCCACAAUGCCCCGGGCCUACCUCUAGAAAUUCGACUUAUUAUGGCGAACUAUGCGGCUCCCGAAGCGAAAUGACCCUGGAUCAGGGGGGGAUGCACGGACCAGUCCACCAUGAUAAGUUCACCAUAAUAUGUGCUGCCCAGCGCCGGUCGAUGACCUCUGUUUUUGGCCUCGUCGUCUUCCGCGACGGCUUAGGCGUCUGGCUUCGACACCUCAGGCAGAAGCCGCACUGCCUGCGAGGUGCACCGUUGAAGGCUCUCGUCGAGCUCUUUGCAACCUACGGCCUGCUGGUCCCGGAGCAGCAGAAGCCUGUAUUACAUCAGAAGAGCCCCCUCUGGCGGAGGUGCAAGCUACAGACCUUCUUCGCCGAAAAGCAGCACAUCCGGUAUUUCGUGGCGGAUGACGCUAAAGGAGCUGUAGACGCCGGCACAAAGAGCUUAGAUCUAAGGGAGGCAGACUUCUUCAAACAGCUUAGCGAGGACGUAGCGGUUGUAGAGGAGGAUGCCAAAGCAGAAGCCAACGUCGUUCAUGGCUUCGGUAGCCAUAAAUCUGCUGUGGUGCCGUGGCUUCGACGGACGGGCAUCGAGGAGCACACACGGGGCUUGAAGAAGGACGAGAUGCACGCCUCGUUUGCGGUGCCAAAGACUGCCGAGAGCGAGCCCGAGUUGUUUUUAAUGCUGGAAAUCAUAGACGAGAUCUUUAUAGAGGCACACAGCUGGUGCUUCGACGGUCCCGACUGUAUGCUGACCUGGCCACAGCAGCUAGCGCUGAGCCGCUUCCACACUGCUGCUGCCCUAGGGCAGAAACUACGCGCGUUCGACCCCAAGAAGGAGCCUAAUACGCUCAAGACCAACUUCGGCUACUAGAAGCAGUUUUUGACUUAUUGCUACCGGGUGGCCUACCGCGGCAGCCACUUCACCACGGCAGACGACGACCAGCGGACCCCUAAAAGCAGCAUCUAGCUCACGGGUGCCCAGAAAAAGGCGUGGGAAGCGGCCUUCCAAAGUGCUAUCGAGCAGGACCGGCCUGCGCUGAGAGAUGCUAUGUCCGUCCUCUCAAUAGCGCUAAUCUGCCACGAAUUUGGAGGCAAUCGGUACAGCUCCCCACUGCUUAGCUUCUGUGCCAUACUCAGCGUCAAGCCGUAUACCAAGAC